UUUCCCGAAGGUUUUUGGCCGCAGCUACGGCAGCAGCUCCGGCUAGCUGCGGCUAGCUGUGGUUUCCAGGGAGAGCAGCCAUUCGUGUAGCUCGUGGUGUAAAAGCAUUCGGCGUCGUGAAACGUGGCAUCUUCCCCCUCCAUCCCCCUCCACCGCGUGAAUCACGUGAAACGCCGAUAGUUUCUGAUACUCCUAUCUGACGCAAGAAGUGGGUGCUCGUCGCCGCUCUCUGUGUGUGUGCGUUGUGUGUGUUUGUCUCGACGACUGUGUCAGUUUAGGGAAAGCGACGACAAAAAAAGGGAAGACAUCGCUUGUGAUCGACAGGGACAGCUGGGCCUUGUCGGCGCGGCAGGCAAUGGUUGAGCCGCUGCUGCCCUGCCAGAUCCGGUGCAUCCUCGCUUCGCAGACGCAGACCCUCCGACAACGCGUGCUCAGACCAGACCUGGCCUCGGUGCCCUACCGCGGUGACCAGCUGGCUACCACGGCGCACUUCGGCGCUUUCGUUGACGGCACCCUCGUGGGGGUCGUGUCAGCCUUCUACGAGCCCCUCCUGAUCCCCAUCGCCCCGGCAGGAACGCUACGGGCCGCAUCCUUCGAGUCCGCUACUCCACCGGAGUCUAAGACUGACGACCCGGGUGCCAAGUCGUCGGAUGAACCAUCUGAUGAUGCAAAGGUCAAGCUAGCGUCCAAGCUGGUCGACGAGUCGCCAUGCAAGGCGACAGACGAUCCGGUGCCCACGGAAGACUUGAGGUCGAAUGCCGACGUCGAGACGCACCAGGAUUCGCCGACGAAGACGAGGCAAGGUGCCAAGACGGACAUAGUGAGCGACUCGAAGCUGGAACCGACGUCCUGUGCGGAAUCCGGCCCAAACGUCGAAGACGUAAAACCAGAACCCGACUCCAAGUCUGGAUCCCAGGAGUCCCAAGCUGACCGGGCGAAUUCCAGGCGAGACGCGAGCCUGGAGCGACCCAACAACAACAACCACGACAACACGAAUCCUUCUACUCCGGAGUCGGAGCCCAAACCGGAGCCGGAGCAAAACGGUCAAGCCAAGCCGGAGCCCGGAGCAGUUGCCUUCAGGUUGGCUUCAGCGUCCAACUCAUGGAGGAUCCGAGGUCUUGCCGUGGACCUGCCGGUGCGGGGCAGGGGUCUGGGAUCGAGGCUUAUCGCCACCUGCAUCGACCACGCCAGGAAGCAGGAUGGGACUUGCGUCUGGUGCGUUGCUCGUUGCUCAGCCGAGCCGGUCUACGAGAAGAUGGGCUUCCAUCGGGCGGGCGACGUGUUUUACCUGGAAGGGAUCGGUCCCGUGCGGUACAUGAUACGGGCCCUGAUCUAAGCUGCGGCUUGUGACCGCUCGCCUGUUGUGGCGGGCAUAUCGGCAGCUUGUAUUCCAAGCAGACAGUGGGCAGCGUCGUGUAGCGAUGAUUGAUUGAUUUUUUUACAUCCCGCACAGAGAGAAAGAGAACUAGCUGCAGACGCUACUAUUGUACAGAUAUUUGAUUGUCCGUGGUUACCGCUGGUGCUGCUCCCCGUUGUAGAAAAUUUGGCAUCGAGGCAUCCUUUUUUUAUUGGUGCUGAACCACUAUAUAAAGUCUACGAUAUUGAUCUGGAUGACUAAUAAACGCUUAGUUAGAAUA